GGAAGCAGGUGCUUUUCUUUUCUUUUGUCUCUCGCUCCGUUUUCCGAGGUACCCUCUCGGUCGUCCUCCUGAAAACAGGACCUGGACAUGGAAAGCUAAAUACAGGAGAGACACCCCAAAAGAAGUCAUGUCCCAUGUCAUGUACAAUAAAAUAUGGGCAGAAGCCCAAGAAUCCCUCAACAGUCUGUUGCAGAAGGAAAUUGAAGAGAAGUCCCAAAAGCCACUGAAAGAUCGUCUGGUAGUGUUUCAGAUGCUAGCUACUUUCUACAUCAAAUAUGUGCAAAUAUUUCGCAAUUUGGAAGCUGCUUAUGAUCAGAUUGUUCAUCCACAAAAACGUUUAAUUAUUCGGCAAGUGCUGGAUGGCGUAAUGGGCCAUAUUUUGGAACUGAAGAACGAAAUGGUGGAGUUGGAGUAUUCAGAGUAUCAUUAUUUUGAUGACAUUUUACAGGAUCUUAAGCUGUCCCCCGAGAACAUUGAAAUCCCUAUACCAAGAUAUUUUAUUAAAGAAAAGCUAAAGGUGUUGAAAGAGAGAGAGAGAAUCCUAGCUCAGAUAAUGUUUGAUGCUGGAAUGCAUGAUGAUGAACCAAAGAAACAUGCAAAAGUCAUGCUUUUAGAAGAAGCUAUCAGAGCAAUUCAGAUAGCUGAGCGGGCCCGCCAGGGCCGACUGAGGGCAACCUUCAUGAAGCAAAUCUAUCUUGAAGAAAAGAGAGAGCGACUAGCCAGACUUCAUGGUACAAGAGGCCCAGAUCUGGAAACUGCUGCAGUGAACAUUCAAAGGUUUUGGCGUGGACAUUCCCAGUGGAAGAGAACUUUGCAACUUAGAGAAGAAGAAAUGAUAUUUCUAGGGAUGAGUCCACCUCUUCACUUCCAAAGACCUAGUGCUUCAUUGCUGCGUGCCCAGAAGAUAGAUAGUUUAAGGUGUGAAAUCCAAGAAAAACAUGAGUCAGAUUUCCAGAAAGCCCUUGUAACCAUAAAAGAGCAAGUGAGAGAAAUUGAAGGCCCUGACAUCAAAGAGAGUCUCCAGGAUCAGAUACGCCAGUGGUUCAUUGAAUGCCGACAUGUUACAGGAAAGUUUCCUGAUUAUCCUGAUGAAGAACAAGGUGGUUCAGCUUCUCUUUUUUCUGACAAAACUCCAGAGCAGGUAGCUGCUGAAUUAAUUGCCAAAGAAGAAGAAGAACAGAAAAGAAAAGGCAGAAGAAAAGGGAAGAAGGAAAAAGCAGAAAAGGGGAAGAAGAAAAAGAAAGGAAAGGAAGCAGAAGGAAAGAAACCGAGGAAGAAAGAGGAGGAAGAAGAAGAGGGUUGGAAAAUGGCCCCCAGUAAUUUUCUCUCAGUAAUGGAAGAUGGAAACAACAAGUAUAAAGAUAUUUGGCAGAACAGAGAUGAGGGAUGGAACUUCCCACAAGAGUAUGACCCAGAAUUGAUCAAAGAAGAAAAGCGGAAAGAAGUGGAAGAAGAGAUCAGAAUACAGGUGGAUGAAUUAAUGCGUCAGGAAUUGAAGAAUCUAAAAUUAGCUGUAGACAGAGAGACAGAGAAAAAAGGAAAAAAAGGGAAAAGGGGAAAGAAAAAGAAAAAAGGGAAAAAGGGUGGAAGGAAGAAAAAGCCUAAGAAGGAGAAAGAUCUGACUCCUGACAGGACCAUUGAUUCUCUCUACCAGGAACUAGUAGAAGAAAGGAUAUUGAUAAAAGCAAUGAAAGUGAAGCUUGGCGAUUAUAUAGGUGAGUAUAGCUAUCUUGGAACUACACUUCGACAAGUAAACAUAGAACCAAUGCCUUCUCUCACAGAUGUCAAGCAGCUCAUAGCAUUGUAUGGAAUAUUGCCAUUAGGGUCUCAGUCCGUACAUGAAAAAGCUCCUACAGUGAAAGCUUUACUUUUGGCUGGACCUGAAGGAGUUGGGAAAAAGAUGCUUGUUCAUGCCCUUUGCACUGAAACAGGAGCCAACCUUUUCAAUUUAUCUGCAGCUAACAUUGCAGGUAAAUAUCCUGGCAAGGCUGGUCUGCAAAUGAUGCUGCACAUGGUUUUCAAGGUAGCAAAACAACUACAACCUUCAGUCAUAUGGAUUGGAGACACUGAGAAAACCUUCUACAAAAAGGUGCCUAAAGCUGAAAAAGAGAUGGAGCCUAAACGUUUGAAAAAGCAACUUCCCAAAAUGUUGAAAACUCUGAAAACUGAAGACAGGGUACUGAUAGUGGGAACCACUAAACGACCCUUUAAUGCAGAGCUCAAGCCUCUUUGCAGAGUUUAUAAGAAAAUAGUACUGGUUCCAAGGCCAGAUUAUGCUUCAAGAUUUGUUUUAUGGAAACACUUCAUACUGCAAAAUGGAGGACGACUCUUCAAACAACUGAAUAUCAGUUGCCUGGCACAGGUGUCUGACGGUUAUACACAAGGUCACAUUCUCAAGGCAGUUCAAGCAGUCUUAACAGAACGACGUCUGAUGCAACUGAACAAGAAGCCACUGGCUGCUGUCGAAUUCCUGACUUGCCUUGCCAAGCAAAAUCCUGUGUACAAGGAGGAAGAGGAAAUGUUUAAGGCUUGGUAUGCAAAGACUCCUUUGGGAAAAGCACGAAUCAAGUCAAUGACAGAGAAAGAAGAUACUGGAAAGGGAAAAGGAAAAGGAAAGGACAAGGGAAAAGAGAAAGAGAAAAAAAAGGAAGGCAAGAAGGGCAAGAAGAAGAAGAAGAAAUAGGAAUAAUUUUAUUGAAUUUUAUUGAAUUCCUUUUAAUACAUAGCACAGCUACAGACUUAUAAUCUGUUGCUGGGGAGAGCAACUAUUGGGAAGAACACCUGAAAUUUCAGGUUUCUGCCUGACUUCACUACAGCUUGUAUCUAAAAAUGUUCUGUUAAGUAAGGCAUCAGUGUGACAUUUAAUCCCUUCAGGGUAAACUAGUGACCACUGAAUUUCACUCUUAUAACUUAGGCUACUUUUUAUAAAUUUAUCAAGAGCCAGAUAGGGAAUAGCAGUUCUUCAAAAGAUAUUAUUAAAUCAAAAGCCUAAAAAUGUGAUUGCACCUUCUUUGUUUGGUAAACUGCGGUAGGGUGAACAUCCUGGGGCCGUCCACAUGUAGUUGACCUGCAAGUCCUAUUCUCCGUCGCCAUUGGUGAUCUGAACUAGGGCUGAAGGGUGGAGAUCCCUGAUAUAUGAGCAAGAUGCUUCUCCACAGGAGUAUGCAGCAUGUGCAGACAACGGUGUUGCCCUAGAAUCAAGAGCCUGAUUUUUUAGCCUCUCGUUUCUUGAUGAGCACAUUAGCAGCCCAGGGGACAGGAGUUCUCAUAUCCCCAUGUCCUGAGCUUCAGGAAGUUACAACAAUGGGAGAGUUAAAGGUGGAAGGAGAUACAGGGGACUUGCAUAGACCUCUCAUGCUCAUGCUAUCUACACAUAAUGUGGUGAAGGGAACAUAUUAUAACAUGUGGGGAGGCACAGGAAUAGGGAACUCGUUUCAAUGCUCUAGGAAUCAUUUCAUGAAUGGAAGUGGAACCUUUUACAUGACAUGUUUAUGCUUCAUAAAACUAUUUCAUUACUUGUAUUACACUUUCUAAUCUGUAUACUACUCAGUUCCACUUAUUCAAAUAUAUAAAAUGCUUAAUUGUUGUACUUUUCAAUAAAAGGU